CAGAGGACUGAAAGUGGGAUGGUGAUGAUGACGAGGGUCACAAGCUCCACACAUUUGAUGAGUGGACACCCCCCACCCCAAAAAAAAAAAAUGAAGCAUGAAAGGAUCCGUGCAUGAUGAAGACCAGGAAAAUGUGAUAGUGUGCGGGUAAAAUUUUCAGCACACAAUUUCCUAAUCUUCAGAGGAAGGCAGGCUGCUCAUUCGAGAUAAUACCAACUCCCUGUGUGUGUUCAAUCAUCAGCUAGCAUUCAAGGACCCCGAUGACGACUGUUGCUCGGCCAGAUUGUUGAGGUUCAUGUCCCGUUUCAGCACUCUUGUAUCCCUGAUCGUCAACCCGUGUGUACCGACCUUCGCCCGUUCUCCGACCAACCUUGGACAAAAUGGAGCAUCCAAUGAUCUUCCGUAUGCUCCUAUUUCUCUGCUCUUUCAAAGUUGCUGUAUGGGCGUGUCCGAAUGGAUGCCAAUGUAAGGAAAACGCAAUGCUAUGCAUCGGUCUUGCAAAUGUUCCUCCUCUGACGUCGUCUACAAUUGAAAUCUACCUCUCCAAGUGCAACAUCUAUUCUUUGAAAGCAGAUGACUUUACUUCUCUAACUAACGCAUUAAUAAUUUCAAUUGAUGACACCGCUUUGAGGGAGAUUCAACCUGGCACAUUUGAUUCCUCCAUGAACCUAACGGCAUUAAGAGUUACUGGAACAAAAUUGCAAGAUAUACCAGAGGACUUGUUUCGGAAUCUUCACAAGCUUGAGACUCUGAAUCUAAACCAAAACAAGCUUAUGGCCCUCCGUCAAAAAUUGUUCUCCCCACUCAAAGUUCUUACGGUCCUCGAUCUCACUCAGAACCAAUUGAUCUCGAUACCCAUGGAAACUUUCCAUCCUCUUACUGAGUUACAGCACCUGUUGCUUGCAAGAAAUUAUAUCAGUCAGUUAUCAAGUGGUACAUUCAAAGGGCUUUCGAAGCUGAAAUACCUUCGACUAAAUAAAAAUGUGCUACAGGAAAUACCCAGUGGAAGCUUUGAUGACCUUGGAAACCUGGAGGAAUUAUCCCUACAGGAAAAUCAUAUCACUCAUUUGCAACAUGACCUGUUCUCAAAGAUGCCAAAACUCACAAAGCUGUUCCUCUCCAAAAACCAACUGAGGACUCUGCCUCAAGGACUCUUCUUGCACCUUCCCAUGCUUGCCCAGAUCUCCUUGUAUAAAAACCAGCUGGAAAGCAUUGAUCCAGGGGUGUUUGGUCCUAUGGCCCUGGAGGCGUUGUGGCUGUAUGACAACAAACUGAGUCGUAUAGACGAUGACGCCUUUAAAAAUCUGACUCAGUUGCGUCUCCUGGUGCUCAGCCGCAACCGGAUUAGCUAUGUAUCUACAGGAGCCUUUCGAGGGUUGGAACAGCUAGGCGAAGUAUCUCUUCACACCAAUCUGUUAAAAACAUUGCAAGCUGGGACAUUCAAAGGUCUUCCGAGCCUAGUAAACAUUUCUUUGGAGCAUAAUUUCAUCAAUCGUUUGCCCGUUGGCUUUCUGCAAGGCCUCAGUCACCUGGGACAGAUCGACCUGAGAAAUAACACACUUGCAAACUUGCCGCAGCAAGAUCUAGAUGCUAUUUCUGUGGCAGACGAAAUACUUCUUCAGCAGAACCUCUGGAGGUGUGACAAGGAUAUUCUGCCUCUUCGCAACUGGCUCAGAAAGCACCCAUCCAAGGCCAACCAAACCCUAGUGGUGUGUGACACUCCCCAGAGUCUGAGCGGGGAGAUGAUUGCCCGGCUAACGGAAGAGGACUUGGGGCUGCAGAGUUCCACACGGCAAACACCGCUGACUUCAACGGAGAGGAGAAACAAGCCAAACACCCCCCCAGGGAAAAGAAGCACUUCUUCACCUGCUGUUGGCACAUCUUCCUCAGAGUAUGAAGUCACAAGCAGUGGGAAGGGCGAGGAGGGUCACGCUACUAACCGUACUUCCAUCAUCAUCAUCGUCAUUGCAGUUAUUGCCACAGUCAUCUUAACUGCCACCAUCAUUAGCUGUUUGUACUGGAGGAUGAAAAAAAGAGGACGGGGACAUAUAGCCCACACGAGCAGAAACUCUGUGCUGUAAACAAGACUGCUCAACAUAAGAUGGAUUUACACGGCAGGUUAAAGUGCACUUUAAAAGUUAAAGUCCACUAUUUUCCCCCAAAAACAUUUCCAUGUACUCUACAUUCGAGUGACUAUGUUCAAUAUUGCUGCAUUUACAUUUAGUCACGAUACGCGCAUGCACACGGAUUAAAAAAUACAGGAGUUGCUUGGUGUAUGUUUGGAGUUCUCCUUCCUACGGCAAAAACGUAACCUGAAUUUGAAGACUCAAAUGAUUAAUUAACACAAACGCAGACGUGAAGUCAUAAAAACAGCACAUGUAUGAAAAUCAAUUAGCAUAGAUAGAAAAUAUUGGCAAAUGACAAAAUGUGCCUUUUUGCGGCACAUACUGUAACUUUGUACUCUUUUGCUGAUACACCACCUAGUUAAUUGCACGCAUUCAUAACCUCAAAACUUCAUACAUAUAUUAUAUUGUGAACCAAGAACCACCUGUACACAACAAUUAACAUCAGCGACAUAAAAAUGAUUUACAUUUAUAUAGAAAAUACACGAAAAUAUUAAAUGCAUCAUACCUUUUAGUUGCUUCUGCUGUUUUAUUUGGUUGUUUGUUUAAGGUGAGUGUGUUGUUUGAAUGCACACUGAUGUGUAUCUAUCUUCAGUCAAUUGAUGCAUCAUCAAUGAUAUCAGCCUGACAUUGACUGCAAAGAAUCAAAAUCUCCAGUUACAUUCUGUAGAAUGACUGGAACCAUGCAGUGUUUCUGAUGUUCUUCAAGCAACUUGAAACACCCAAGAGAAAUGGACGAUGAUUACUGUAGUUAACGGGGAAGAUUCGGAUCCCAGAUUUGAUCAAAUUAAUUUCAGUGUCUAGCAAGGGCACGUCUUCUUUGUAGUAGUUACAGUGCAAGUCUAAGUGACCAAUUCCAAUUUUAAUGGCGAUUUUUGCUGUAUUUGCAUGUAUGUUUCAAAUUACACAUAUAGCGUCAGAUAUGGCUGUGUUGACACAAACUGAACAGAAGUAAUUCAGAGAUCCACAAUUACUUAAGUCAGCAACUUCCAAGCGGACAAACAUACCAACCUUUUAGUUGGCCAGAACUGACUCUUUCUCAAUUGGUUAAUUCUUCAAGAUAACCCUCACAUUACUCUACUGACAGUCAUUGGCGGCUAUUUUACUUAUUUAAUGAUGGACAUCGGCCACAUCUCUCGUGCAGCAUAUUUAGACCAUAAGUGGGAUAGUAUAGGAUAACAUAAGGGAGGAAUCUGGUGUAUGCGCAACCUACAUUUGGCCGACUGAUUUAGAUCAAUGGCAAAGGGGGCCGUGACAAAGCAGCUGUGGAUUUCAAAUGGUUGCAAUUUAUUGCUUUGCCGCCAACUGUCCUCACACAGGCACCAAAAAAUACAAUAUUUGAUUUUUAGGCUGGGCAAGAUGGUGGUGCAGCUGUAAAGUGUUGGCCUCACAGUUCUGAGAUCCCGGGUUCAAUCCCAGCCCUCCCUGUGCGGAGUUUGCAUGUUCUCCCCGUGCCUGCGUGGGUUUUCUCUGGACACUCCGGUUUCCUUCCACAUUCCAAAAACAUGCAACAUUAAUUGGACACUCUAAAUUGUCCAUAGGUGUGAUUGUGAGUGCGCCUGUUUGUCUCAAUGUGCCCUGCAAUUGGCUGGCAACCAGUUCAGGGUGGAGCUCGCCUCCUGCUCGUUGACUGCUGGGAUAGGCUCCAGCACUCCCUGCAACCCUUGUGAGAAUAAGCAGCUAAAAAAAUGGAUGGAUGAAUGGAUGGGUGCAAAGACACCAACGAUCCUGAAAACAACAUUUUACCGCGUUUGACUUUAACCAAUCAUGUGAUCAAUCCGUAGUCAUCUGAAAUGUGCCACCUGAGAGAAAAAAAAAAAAAAAAAAAAAAAAAACUGAACUGGUGAGUGCAUCAAAUCUAUUCUGAAAACACACACGCAAACACACGUUAAAAAGUGGCUUUAACUCACAGUACUACAGUAUCCAUAAACACUAAAUCAUUUUAAGAGUCCUAACAGUUUCGAAACAUCAACAUCAUAAACAUUGAAAUGUAUUUUGUGCGUUUUUUCCCCCACACAAACUGACCUAUGAAGAGUUAAAUUGAAGUUUGUGCUUUCUCGACGCUUUAACACGACACCUGGCUCACUUUGAUAAACUUUUCCGAUACUGACAUCUGCUGGUGAUACUUUAUAACUACAUCAAUACCCAAGUGGGAUACUCACGCAUUAUAUACACUCAAGACAUAUUUAAACUCAUCUAAAAAAAAUACUUUUGGUUUCAUUAGCUGUCAAAGCUCAUUCAUCAUAUUUUUAAGAAGUAAAUCUUUCAAUUUUUGAGGGAAUGUUAUGCAAUGAAAGUAUGUAAGCCACCACAAGCGUGUAUAGCCCAUUUUUCGGUGUUCUGAAUCACCCUGAAAGGAAUAAAAGUAACGAAAACA